CUAAUCAUUCGACUUGCAAAACACGGUGUCCAUCAUAAAAUCUGCAGAACCAAGCUUUACCACACUCAAACAGAAACUUGUAUGUGUGUACUGUGUGAUGAAAUCUGAUAAAGAUAUCGUUUAUUAGACGAAGAAAAACUCUGCCAUUGACUGCUUACAACCAAGAACGCCAAAUGCUUUGAAUCGCAUAUGUUCUGCAGCACUAGCCGCCGUACUCACAUAGUAUAAUAUAAUGGCCAGAUAUUGGCUAACCUGUUCGGCGGGAAAAGUGCAGGAAAUGAUGUAGAGCGGUGUAGAGUUUUAUUUCUUUGCAGUGGAAACGAAGUUACAGUUGUUUAGAACUUUGUGUGUAUUUUGUAUGUGACAUGUCUUGUCAAAAGAAUAUAUUGAAUUUUUUUAAACCUUUGGCUGUAAAAAGGCCUCUGUCUUGCAUUAAUGACAGUGAAAGAGAUAUACCAAAUAAGAAACCAAAGUCAGAUUGCGUUCAAGAAAAGGACCUCACUUCGAAAGAGCAAAGUACAGACACAAAUCGGAAAUCGCCAUUCUUCAAUAAUUAUCUUCAGGCGAAAAUUAAGUUGAUUUCGAAACGAUAUCCAGCCUUGCAUGUGAACAUUGGGGGCUCUUGGUUUGAAGCAUUAUCUCCAGAAUUCGGGAAACCGUACUUCAUGAAGCUGAACCAGUUCCUUGUGGCUGAGAGGGCAUCUCACACAGUGUACCCACCUGAAGACCAGGUCUGGACGUGGACGCACACAUGUCCCAUCUCACAAGUGAAAGUCGUCAUCCUGGGGCAGGAUCCUUACCACAAUCCUCAACAAGCUCAUGGUCUGUGUUUCAGUGUUCCCAAUGGAGUUCCCCCUCCUCCAAGUUUGUUGAACAUGUACAAGGAGCUGAGUCAUGAUAUUCCUGGGUUUGAGGCUCCACAUCAUGGUAAUCUGAUUGGGUGGGCAAGACAAGGCGUCCUGCUUCUAAACGCGUGCCUCACAGUUCGAGCUCACAGUGCAAACUCUCACAAGGACCAAGGCUGGGAGCAGCUGACAGAUGCGGUUGUGAAAUAUAUCAGUGACAAUUCUCGUGGUGUUGUCUUCCUGCUGUGGGGUUCAUAUGCGCAGAAGAAGGCAGCUGCUGUUGAUAAGAAGCGGCAUCACCUGCUUAUGUCGACACAUCCGUCCCCACUUUCUGCACAUCGUGGAUUCCUGGGAUGUGGCCACUUCUCCCGCUGCAAUGAGUUGCUGAAAGGACAUGGGAAGAAACCUAUAGACUGGGGAGACCUGCCCGAGGAGUAGAGCCGAUCUGAUCAAUGCAGCUGUUUGGACUUUGACUGAAUUUGAGUCGAAAGAUGUGAUUUUGAUUUUUGACCAUCAUAAGUAUGAAGGACCUGGCACCCAAGUCAUCAGAAAUGUAUCAGACUGAUGUGGGUGUUGGUAAAUGUAACUGGCAGAGGGAGACACUGGUGGGUGAGAAGUGUUGUGAAGGUGGUGUAUAGAAAGGAAAGCAAAGAGUUAUUGAAAAUACUGAACAUCUGUUUUCACUUGCAAUUGCUUAAGUCUCAUAAUGCAGAUAUUUCAGUAAUACCAUUUGUCUUCAGUUACACGAACAGUCCCUUCCUAUUCGUGUUGAUAAAACUGAAAAUUUACCCGUUGAUUUGUUCUUUUUCACAUUCCUUCAACAAAGUUAACAUUUGGUUUUCAAGAGCUUGACCAUUGGAUCCCUUAUGGAAUAGAUGUAUAAGGGGUGGGCCUUCUCGGCCCUUUCACCAUGACCUACAGUGAUCUGUUAUGCUUCUCCCUUAUGGAAUGAACAUAAUUAACAUCACAAAAACCUGAAACAGGCAGGGGUGGAUGUGUUGGAACUAAUUUAUCAACAGAGGCAGUUUAUUCUGCCUUAUGUGUUACAGAGCAUAGACCUUGCAAACCUUUCACAGCCUGCAUGUUACUUGUAAUGUGGACCGAAGUUGUCUGUCAUUCACAGGUCGUCUCUCUCUGCCUGCAGUUUUAUGUUCGACCAUUUGUUUAAAUGGCUUGUAUUCUCUGCAAUGUAUAGUACAAAUUGAUACGCAUCUGUGUAUUGUUCCGAAUGUUGAACCAUCAACAUGUUGGGAAGUAUUUAGUCAACAUGUAUUGCAGAUCAGAAUGUUUAUGGAAAAGAUUUGAGGUCUCACAGUGGUGAUCAUGGAGAUUACUGUCUUCUGUAAGGCGAUGGAUGCUGUAUGCUCUGUUGAUUCAUGAAUGAUGUUCUGAAUGAAUGUGCUGCCUCCAUCUUCAGGUAGAAGAGUAAGCUGUCUGUAAGGAAAUUUAAUGGAUACAGGGAGAGGGGCCACGGUUCUGAGCGAACCAACAGGAGUAAGGAGAACAGUGAAGAAGUAUGAUGGUUCGUCAGAGGGCUGUUUUCUGAGGGUAGAGUCAAUGGGAGAAAUAGCCAAUAGGAGGAAGAAGGAAGGCACAGGAAAUGAGGUAAGGGAACAGUGGCCCUUUAAAGGGUUAUUUUGCAAUGGCAGCUUCAGUGGGGCAACAGAUAAACUACAAACAGUAGCUGAUUGGGAUAGGGGAGGAAGUGGAGGAGAGAGAAAAUGAAUAGGCCAGAUGUAUUUUUCACUGUUCUCUUUCUGUCGGUUCGUUGAGGGCCUUGGUUCUGGCCAUCCCUCCCCCUGUAUCAUCGGGUUUAGACUCUCAACUUACUGAAGUUGAAGGCAGAAGGUUGCAGGCAACACAGUGAAAACAUCCUGGAAGAAGAAAGAACUGUUGCUUUGAAACGAACCGGUUCAUCACUUUUUUAUAUAGAUUUGAACAGAAAUGGCACAUGUCUUAAUUUUGGAUAUACAGUGUAAGGUGAUGGCCUGUUGCUAAUACAGAUGCAGAGAGUGAAAUUGUUCGUAUUGAUAUCAUUGGAAGCUUCUGGAAACAUUACUUCUCCAAAAGUAUAUUCUUUUUCUGAGAAGUAGUGUGUUCUUGAAUGUACCAAAUUGCAUGGCUUCACCUCCCAGAAGACAAUAAACCUCUUAGUUACCACUGUGAGCACCCCCAGUGUCGUCUGCUUAGAGUGAACCAAGGAGAUUAAGGGAGGAGUUGUUUUGUAAUCACAGUCUCAUCUCCUAGAACAUUUGAGGAUGUGUUACAUCUAUUAAAUAUUUGUGUUGAGAACUUGUUCA